UUUAGCUUCAUUGCCUAUUUCUACAUCAGUUGGCAACAAUCAAAGCUCUAAAAGCGACAUAAAUAUAUCAGGUUUUCGUUCGAUGGGAACGGAAUCAACAUCAAUUAUUGAAAAGUUUACAAAAAACCGCAUCUUACCCUUUGUCCUUCCUCUUCCUUGGAAAUAACAUCCAUCACCCCACCCUCCCAUCUGCCUUGCCCCACUUGGAAAUAACCUUAAAAGGACCGAAAAUAGUAGUAGUCUCAGAAUAUUUCUUGCAGACUAAACCCUGAUUUCCAUCUUAGGGAGAGCUCCCAAGAAGCAUCUACUAUUUCGUAAAAUUUGUUCCGACCUCUAAAACUGUCAUGAAUACGAACGUGAUCUCAAGCUUCAUAGCCAUAGCAACUUCCAUCUCCUUCCUCCUCCUCUCACCCCCGUCAAAGUCCUUUUAUCAUUCCUUGUUCUUAUCUGAUUCCCUUUCAUGCAAUGAAUCAAUAGCAAACCACCUCUACAUCCUAACCAAGCGGCCUCAUGUUGCUGGGUCCGAAGCCAAUGCCGAAGCAGCGGCUUAUGUUCUAUCCACCCUCACUUCCUAUAAGGUUCGAUCACAUAUAACAACCUAUGAAGUUGCCUUGACUUACCCCAUCUCACGUUCCUUGACCCUAAAACCUACUCCUCAAGACAGCCCCGUCAAGUUCGAUCUCCACCAAGACAUUUACGACGGUGAUCCUCAUGCCGACGUGGCAGACGAAGUCCUACCGACGUUCCACGCAUAUGCCAAGUCUGCCACUGUAGCUGGACCUGUAGUAUAUGCCAAUUACGGGCGCGUACAGGACUAUGCUGUAUUGAAGCAAAUGAAAGUAAAUGUGUCAGGGAAUGUUGUAUUGGCAAAGUAUGGAAAGAUAUACAGAGGGGACAUUGUGGAAAAUGCUUAUGCAGAAGGUGCUAUAGGUGUAUUAAUUUACACAGAUAGGAAGGAUUACGGUGGAGGAGGUGAUGCAAAAUGGUUUCCUGAUGACAAGUGGAUGCCUUCAAGUGGAGUCCAGGUGGGAUCCGUGUACAAUGGGGCCGGUGAUCCCACUACACCUGGCUGGCCUAGUUCAGGGUUGUGCGAGAGACUAUCAGAUGAUGAUGCGGAGAAAGGAGGAGAAGUUCCAUUGAUACCUUCAUUACCUAUUUCAUGGGCUGAUGGUGACAGAAUCCUGAGGUCCAUAGAUGGACAAGUGGCAAAUGACGAUUGGCAGGGAGGGAAAGAUGCUCCUGUCUACAAGGUUGGGCCAGGACCAGCAAUUCUGAAUCUUAGUUAUACUGGAAAGCAAGUUAUAUCCACAAUCCAAAAUGUUAUUGGAAUCAUUGAAGGUGUAGAAGAACCUGAUAGAUAUGUCAUACUUGGGAAUCACCGGGAUGCAUGGACAUUUGGAGCUGUUGAUCCAAAUAGUGGUACAGCAGCCCUGCUUGAGGUUGCACACAGGAUGUGGAAGCUCCAGGAAAAAGGUUGGAAACCUCGGCGAACAAUUAUAUUUUGUAAUUGGGAUGCUGAAGAAUAUGAUUUGGACUCCAAACCCGGGGUACCACCCAGACGAGAACACUAA